AGCUGUUUGAAAGAACUCUUCGUGCGAUCUGUGGCUUGGCUCUAUUCCUGCAGCAUGGCCAUGAAGGCUAGCUUCGUGGAAGGUUGUUUGAAACCACAUACCUGGAUUGCAGGGCAUGCGCUGCUCCCUUGUGUUGCCUUUGACGGCGUGGUGCUUCCUCCCCCGGGACUUGCAGCUCCGGACCACCUGAUGCAGGCCGCGCCGUCCAGUGCCAUGUUCGAAGCUUUGGCGCGGCUUCAAGCAGACCGCGCUUCGCAGGCCUUAGAUGCUGCCAUCGUGGCCGCAUCCAAGCCGAAACUUGAGAGGCACGACAGCCCCAAGUUUGAGACCUGGUCGCAAGCAUCAACUGCAUCAGACUUGGAACAGUCGACUCCUCGAGGGGAGGAGCGAAUCCCAGUUCGCUUCUGCGUUUCCGAUCAUUACGACAUGAUGCAACGAAAGGCCGUGUCAGAUCUGACUGGACGCCAUCCUUGUUUCCAGCCUGGGCAACCUGCGUACGUCAAUCCUCAUCAACACGUCGUUGGAAGCUUUGCCCCUUCCCGCACAGCUUAUCGCGCAAAGCCGACUGCUUGAAGUGGGCGAGGUACAGGUUCCGUCCCCGUCUUCGCGGGCGCUGGCGAUUUGACCUGGUGAUCCGUCAUGAUGUGACGUUCCCGUGUCAAGUGGGCAGCUGAACGCUUUAGGGCCAGGGA